CAGAAAACGUUAUGAGCGAGGAACUGAAGCGAGAAUAUCGUGUGUGUGAGGAAAUAGGGAGAGGACGAUUCGGCGUCGUUUUCAAGUGUUACUCGCCGGGAACCGGCGAGACUUUCGCCGUGAAAUCUAUCAACAAGCUUCUCAUCGCCGAUGACUCAAUCGAUCGUCAAUGUCUUUACAACGAAGCUAAAAUCAUGCAUUUGGUUUCUCCUAAUCCUCACAUCGUUCGUAUCGUCGAUGUCUGUGAAGACGAUACGUACCUCGAUAUCGUUCUCGAGCUCUGCAACUCCUCAGAUCUCUUCCAUCGACUCUCUACUCAACGAGUUUUUUCUGAGUCUGAUGCCAUUGCCGUUAUGGUUCCAUUGAUGGAGGCAAUAGCGCAUUGUCACCGGCUCGGCGUAGCGCACCGGGAUAUCAAGCCUGAUAACAUUCUGUUUAACGACUGGAACGAUCUGAAAUUGGCUGAUUUUGGCUCGGCUCAGUGUUUCUGCGAAGGCGAGCUGAUGAGCGGAGUGGUAGGGACGCCGUAUUACGUGGCGCCGGAGGUUUUAGCUGGAAGAGAUUACAAUGAGAAGGUAGAUAUUUGGAGUGCUGGUGUCAUUCUGUAUAUAAUGUUGGCCGGAAUCCCGCCAUUUUACGGUGACUCUACGGAGGAGAUUUUUGAGGCUGUUCUCAGAGCGAACCUUAGGUUUCCGACAAGGAUUUUCCGAUCUGUGUCGCCGGCGGCGAAGGAUUUGCUACGGAGAAUGCUAUGUAAAGAUAUUUCUAGAAGAUUCUCAGCUGAACAAGUCCUUCGGCAUCCAUGGAUCACUAGCAAUGAUGGGACGAAAGAAGAUGGUGUCGUAGCUUGAGAAUUUCGACCCCUUAUUUGGACCUCUAAUCCAACAUUAUCAAUAGAUGUGCAGAUAACUCAUACUUCUUAGUAGUGAGAAUGAAGUAUAAUGGCUUUUUUCCCCCGAUUUUCCACCCAGUGUUCAGUGUCUGCAUUGGAGUUCCGACUAAAUGCAGGACCCAUUUGGGGUGACGCACCCAACAUGAUUUUCUCCAUUUCCAAAACUCGAAUCCGAGACAUCUGGUUAGGGUGAAACAGUAUCACCCACUGCACCACAUGCAUGUUGGUAGUAUUAAUGUGUUAAAGUAGUAUUAAUCAAUUAAGAGACUUGUCUUAUAUAUCUUCUACCAAAAUAUAUGUGAAGUUGUGAAUCAUCAAACUAAGUGUUUCCUUUUGUUAUAUUUUGAUCUAACUUUUCAUACAGAGAUCGUGAGCACUAAAAAAAAGAUCAGCAUGCAUGAAUUAGUUCUCUUUUACUAUCAACCACAAUAAGUUGACAGUUUUUCAACUGUAUGAGAUAAA